AUGGAGGAAAACACGGAUUCUAACGACGCUUCAGCCGCAAUUGCACCCAGCUCCGCAACUGAACCACCACCAAAGAAGAUUGUGGUAGAUACUGGUGCCUACAAUCGUUCGACGUACAUUGACCGAAGCGGUGACGAGUUAUAUGCCACCCGUGGUAUAGUGAAAGAGAUUCAGCGUUACAAAGAUAACAAUCCCAUUGGAAGUCAUAUACGCAGCGUCUUUAAGCUGAUCGAGAGAGACCCCGUCGAAAGUGAUAUCGCAACGGUGAAACGUUUUGCCGCGCUUACCGGUGACCUUCCUUACCUCUCUGCCAAUGACAUAGGGUGUAUAGCGUUGACUCUACGCUUACAAAUUGAAACCGGAGAUACCUCAUGCAUAAGGUCUGAGCCACUUCCACUAUCGUUUACUAAAACAGAAAAGAAGUCUGAUGGUGGAGGCAAAGGUAAGGGCAAAUCCAAGAAAAAUGCCGACACAUCGACUACCGGCUUCGACUGCUGGAUCACCCCGGAAAACGUACAUAGUUAUAACAUAAAAGCUAGCGUGGAGAAACCAAAUCAAAGGGUUGCAUGUAUGACAACAGAUUUCGCAAUGCAGAAUGUUCUGAUCCAUAUGGGUCUUAAUGUAGUUACGUUGGAUGGAUUCGCCGCCAAGAGUGUCCGUAGCUGGGGACAUAUGUGCAGGGCAUGUUUCGACAUGUUUCCUAACACGUUACGCCAAUUUUGCGAAAACUGUGGUAACGCGACUGUUGACAGAGUACCAUUGGUAGUUGACGGAGAGACGGGCGAGGUUCGAGUGAAGGACACACGUCGUUGGAUUAACAAUCGUGGCACCAUUUACACUCAACCGAAGCCCGUUACAGGAAAGAGCAAACAAAUGUACAUCGUAGCUGAGGAUCAGCUGAUGAUGCCACGGUAUCGCAAUCAACUACGCAUAAUGAAUCGCAAAAAUCCUGUCGACGAGAUGUCUCACUUCAACGUGGACGACGGCAAGGUUGGCGCUGGUUUCGGAGGCCCAGGUAAACAGUUGCCUGCCCUGGCCAAUGUCAAGGUCGGACUUGGCCGCGACAUGGACGAGUUUCUCCCAGAGGAGGAGCCUCCAAAUCUCUGGGACUAUUCGGAGCCGCUGGUAUCGAAGGCUACCACACUCGAAAACUAUCCGGACCCUUUUAUCAAUCCCCGGGAAUGUAAUCGGCCAGACGCCCAUGAAUCGUACGUCUGUGACCCAGAUCGCAUCCUCACUAAGGUUGAAGCCGACCGUAUAGAUGAGAUGUUGAGCCUUCAGAGGCAUGAUUCAUCACAUCAUUGCGAAGGACUUGGUGCUGUACCUUACCGAUUGGGUGUUGCCAUUAUUAACUGGUUAUCGGCGGAGGACAUGUCUGCAUUGUCGGACGAGUUACUGUUGCGUUGGCGUCUGAGCCACGAGAAAUGUGCUGAUGGUGUUUUGAUACUUUACGUUGUGCGUCACAACUCGGUGGCUAUAAGCUGGGGAAAGGGAGUGGAACCUUUACUGAACGCUAAGACCGUUUCAUCUAUAUCCGCUAUCUGCCGAUCAAUGCUCCAGCAAGAGAAGGUGUCUGUGGCUAUCGAACGAUGUACGACAUUUGUUACUAAGCGUCUAACCGGUGUGAUUUUACCUUCACAGGAGACACCUCAGAUGCUGGUUACUUUGGUGAUUGCAUCCAUUGUAGCAAUAUUUUAUGGAAUGAUCAUCGUAUCAACGCCCUAUUGGCGCCAGCAUCCUCCUUCGGCGAGAUGGCAUUCAUCAGCACUUAAGGCCGGCUUGGUACCUAACGACAUCACCGUGGUGAACGAUCAGGAGUCGCAUUUCAUUGAUGAAUCGCUGAUAAAUGAUGCCUGUAUGCUCUACAGGUCUACUCUUGGGUUCGAUGACUUUCGUGUCAACGUGUUGUUUGUGGACCGAGAAUCUAUGGCGAAGUGUAACCUUCAAACUUUUGGAAAGGAUAGUCCAACGGAUAUAAUUUCGCUUGCAGAAAAUUCGCGGUAUAUACGUGAUGAAUAUCACCUCAACCGUUCACCGCAACAAGUGGCUGAGUUCCGCCACUUGGGUGAGAUGAUACUAUGCCCAGAUUACAUCGCCGAGCAGAUGCGUAAAGAUUUGCAGUGCACUGUUGAUCCGGAGGAGUGUAAAUUAGCGUCAGAGGUGGAAGGACGUAGAGCUGAGCCGCUUGGAGUCGCAGUGAGAAUGAGAAGGAUGGAAGAUAUGAAUAUGCGUUUUUGCUAUUUGUUAGCACAUGGAUUUUUGCACUUAUUAGGAUACGACCAUGUGGAUAACUUCGAUUUCGAGCAGAUGUUGUAUGAGGAGGAUCGCUUGCUGGACGCGUUCGAUCGUUUUGUCGCAUCACGCAAUAAGGUCCUCCCCGCUACUUAA